CCUGCUGUUUUAUGUGAGUGUGCUUUUCACUCGAGGCUUGUUCAGCAAUCGGCGACCCCGCCUACCUCAUCAGCUCUCUUUUGUUCUUUCUCCGUCCAAUUUCAUCUCCCGAACACAAGGUCCGCUCAUUCCCCGUUUAUUAAUGUUAAUUUGUUGUAUGAUUAUGCGCAGCUGUGGAGGUCUCAGUGCGGUGUUCGGGUUACUUUGGUGAUGGGUGCACCAUGGGAAACAAGAUCAGCAGAAGACGGGACACUGCACCAGCCGAGCAGAAGGCUGCAGAGGAGGCAAUCGACACGCAGGAAGCUGUGGUGGAGGCAGUAGCUGAUGCGCCAGUGGUGGUUGCAGAGGUGACUGAACCAGUAGUAGAAUCAGUGCCAGCACCGGUACAGGAGGCUGAGCCAGAGCCCCCCAAGCAGCCAGAGACUGCACCCUCAUUGGAGGAGCCGGUGAGCGUCCCACUAGUAGCCCCAGCACCACCUGAACCCGAGCCCCUGGUGUCAGUCAGCAAACCAGUGCCAGUCGCCCCGGAGCCAAAGCCAGUCGCCCCGGAGCCAAAGCCAGUCGCCCGGAGCCAAAGCCAGUCGCCCGGAGCCAAAGCCAGUCGCCCGGAGCCAAAGCCAGUCGCCCCGGCGCCAAAGCCAGUCGCCCCGGAGCCAAAGCCAGUCGUCAUAGAACAGGAGGCUGUCCCAGAGCCAAACCUCUCCCAGGAGUUCCUCCUACAGCCAGUCAUUCCAGAGACCCUCCCCUCCCCCACCCCUCUUCUGGACCUGGGUGUCCCUGAGCUGACCCCUGAGCCCCUCGAUGCUCCCCCCUCCCACAGAUCUGCCCCAGACCAGCCCACAGACCUGGGGGGUGCAGAAUGCUAUGACGACAACGUAAAGGGUGCCUGGAAUUCUGUCUCCGUCCCAGAAGAGUCCAAAGAAACCCCGGAGAAGCCAGCAACCAUGGCGGAGAAGCUUCUGUGUGAUGUCAUGGGCAGCGAGCUGAGCAAAGCGGAUUCUUCAACCACUUAGCCCUGACGGCCGAUGACAUCAUGGUCAAUGAUGUCAUAGCAGACGACAUUUCGGAAGGUGACGUGUCCACUGAGCUGAUAUGGGAGAAGAAAAUAAAAAUAAGAACUAGAAGAAAAAAAUGGACAAUGACGUUCUAAAAAAGGCAGACGCAAGCAGAAAAAAAAUGUAUAAAAAAAGAAUACAACUUUGAUCUGAGAAGGCUAAAGGGAAAACUAAGACCGUGAAGUAGCACUCAGAUAAUCUGAGACCUGGGAUGUAUUCCCUAGGAACCAAGUGUACGCAAACAGAAUUAAACUGGGUGGGACCUACAUGAAUUUGUCCAAUAGAAAUUCUAGUUUCUGUUGCGAAACAUUUUGGAAUAAUGAUUAGACCCCAGGUAAUAGACGUGCCUUUCUUUCUGAGUGUAGGUUGACUAAAGGGAUUUGGUGAUGGGUGGCCAGGGCAGAAGUGUACCCAUCAUCGCCCUCUGAGCCAUAUAGACAUAACACUGCAUAGCAGAACACUUACAGUAACUAUAUGUGGUAACUAUGUAUGACAAGACGUUUGCCUUGGUGUGUACACCUGAUGAAUUGUAACAACGUUUGAAAUUGGCCUACAUACUAUGAUGUACAUUCAUGCUUGGACUCUCACAAUCCUUCCUCUUUAACUCUGAAACGGAGGUGACCUUAUUAUAUUUCCUUGGAGGAAUGUAUUAAAGGUGAUGGUCUGGUUGUGAAAAUAAAAUAAGAUUGUUCCACCUUGAA